UAGUAACUAGAAAAGGAGGAACUGUCUUUAAAUUCCCCUUCGAGGCCAGGAGGGAUCGCAGAAAGAGGCACGCCGAGAGGAGGAGCAGGAGGCUGCGAGUGGAAAUGACGGGAGAACUGGAUAAAAGUGGAUUUGCAGGGGGAUUUUUAUACGAAGUUAUAACCCUUGCUUCUUUAAUUGUACUCUUUGACUCAUAACUUUGAUCAGGAAGAUGACAAGGAAAAGUGAAAGAGUAACAGUCAUUACCUUUUCACCAUUAUUUUUUGCUUUAGCCAGGCUGGGGAAUGCUGUGAAAGAGCGGUAGUGGAGCCCUGCGUUCUGAGGGAGCGUGAACCGAGAAGAGGGAGACACACUUACUGUAGCAGCUGCUCCACCAGAGCCCUCUGCCUGGCCGCCUCUUCUGGGGGAAGCUGCUCCAGCUCCCGGAAGAUCGGCGGCGCAAAAUCUAUCUCUCCCUCCGAGCUCUCUCCAUCCCCCUUCUCGCCCUUGUCCCUCGCCGUCCCGUCCGGGGUCUGCCGGUCCCGCUCCAGCUCGCCCAGGGCCUGGACCAGGACUUCCCGGGACAGCCCGGAGCCCAGCAGGGCCCAGAUCAGCUGCUCCUGCAAGGCGGACAGCCGGGCCCCUCCAAACGGCUCGCGCUCGCUCCUACACUUCCUCUCCUCUCCCUCCAUUGCAGCAGACGGUUGAUUCGUUUACCUCCAAACACGCACACACACACACGCACACACACACGCGUCGGGCAUGUGCACGGGCUAGGGCGACCACUGAGCCUCAACCUUUGGCCCCAUUAGAUCCGCAAUCGCUGGUCAGCACCUGUUCCAAGAGAAGAAGGGAGAUACUUUGGUUUAUUGUAGGGUCCUCAUGACUCGCCGUCUCUGGUCGUGUGUCCCUGAGCUGCCCGGGUUCGACUCCUGGAGUGGCUGUUUUGCCUCAAAGAUCCGACCGAAGAUCCGAACAUACACGGCCACAUAAUGGAGACGGAAGGGAGCCAGAUCAGCCUGUCGUCCGCGGACUCCCCUCACGACCCCUGCAAAAUGUUUAUAGGUGGGCUCAGCUGGCAGACCACCCAAGAGGGACUGAAGGAGUACUUCUGCAAGUACGGCGAGGUGAAGGAGUGUAUGGUGAUGCGGGAUCCAGUUACUAAGCGCUCAAGAGGAUUCGGGUUUGUCACCUUCGUCGAUCAGGCGGGUGUGGAUAAAGUUUUGGCCCAGGCCCGGCACGAGCUGGACUCGAAAACUAUUGACCCCAAGGUUGCUUUCCCACGCAGAGCUCAGCCCAAGUUGGUGACUCGGACCAAGAAGAUCUUCGUCGGUGGCCUGUCCGUCACCACGACCAUAGAAGACGUCAAGCAGUACUUUGACCAGUUCGGCAAGGUUGACGAUGCCAUGCUCAUGUUCGACAAGACCACCAACCGACACAGAGGGUUUGGCUUUGUGACGUUUGAGAAUGAGGACGUGGUGGAGAAGGUGUGCGAGAUCCACUUCCACGAGAUCAACAGCAAAAUGGUGGAGUGCAAGAAGGCUCAGCCCAAAGAGGUGAUGUCCCCGACAGGCUCAGCCAGGGGGCGCUCCCGGGUGAUGCCCUAUGGAAUGGACGCCUUCAUGCUGGGCAUUGGGAUGCUGGGGUACCCAGGGUUCCAGGCCGCCACCUACACCAGCCGAAGCUACGCUGGGAUCACCCCGGGAUACACCUACCAGUUCCCUGAGUUCCACUUAGAGCGGACCCCCCUGUUGACAUCACCCCACCCCCCUGAGCUCACAGCCAUCCCCCUGACAGCCUACGGACCGAUGGCGGCCGCUGCCGCAGCCUUGCGAGCUGGGUUCUUAGGUACCAGCAGUCCCGGGCCCAUGGCAGACCUCUAUGGAGCCGCGAGCCAGGAAUCCGCCGUCAGCAGUUACCUCAGCGCUGCCAGCCCCGCCCCAAACAGCGGAUUCGGCCACGGCUUGGGGGGGCCUUUGAUUGCUACAGCCUUCACCAAUGGCUACCAUUAGAGGAGCUGGAGAGAUGUAGACUAAGAGCUGGAAAGACUUCUACUUCAUGGUGAUCUGGCCGUCUCUGUCUGGUUUUUGACCUUGCAGUCAUGACGACCUCCACGCUGAACAACCCCUCCCCCCCAAUUAUUCACCCCCCCCCCCCACCAAUAAUGGUCAGGCCCCCUUCUCUUCUUUCAGUUUUGACCUCUUGUGGUUAACUUUUCAUCAUGUUGGGUGGUUUAAAGUAAUAAUAAUGAUUAGUUCAAUCAGAAGCAACAUGUAUUUUAUUUUUUGGGGAAAAAUGUUAUGGUUAGAAAUACGUGCAAACGCUUUAUUUCUAGCCUUUUUUAAUUUCACUGUACUGUUUGUGUGUGUGUGUGGCAAUUGUGCUCAUUGUAUGUGAUUGGCCUGUGUUUAAUUAGUUAGUUUGAGAUUUUGUAAAGGAACAAUGUUUGCGAGCGGUUUCACCCUGCGCUAAACAUUUCAGUGGCUCUCUUCGCUUGCUGAAUCAUUGUACAUUCAUCAUUAGUGCUCGAGAAAUUUAACAAAAGAUUUGAACUAAAACUAUUUUUCGUAAUUUUUCACAAAGGAUUUUUUUAACACUUUGUUAUGCUAACGAUGAUCAAACGAUAAUGCUUACUAUAAGCGUAAAGCAAACCCGCUGACAGUCAAAUUGUUUGUGUGCUGCACGAUACUGUAAAAUACUGUAAAUACAACUCGGGAGUGGGGGGGGGAGGGGGUCUGUGGAUGCUAGUGUUAUUUGUUUUGUUACCAGUUGAACGUUUUUUAGAACCUCAACAGACUACUGGCUACAUAUCAUCUCACGGGGAUUUGAAAACCAUGUACAGAUGUGAAGAAGAAUGAAGGACCGACCUGCAGGAGCCGCUGUGAAGAGCUAUCAUGAAGCCCAUUCUGACUGAUUCCACCUGCAGACUGUUUGUAUGUGUGUGUUUGUGUGGCCAGUGGACAGCUCUAAGUGAUCAUACUUUUUGUGUUGUUUACAUUUUUUUUGUGCUAUGUACCAUUUUAGGAAGGAUACUAUAGCUUUAAAGAAAUUACAUUUUUAACCAGAUUUGAACUUUACAUUAACAUUGUGUGUCUACGGCAUUUUGUGAGUAGAUUUAUUUUCCUUCAAAGGUUCAGGUUGAAACUCUAACGCUGUCUCUAAACCAGUUGUUUAAUGGUCACUCAACCUCUUGCCACUAGAUGUCGCAAGACGACACUUAUGACACUGACCGUUACACAGCUGAUCCACUGGCUGACACAAGACUGUAGCAAUGCACACACAGAACUUUAAUUUAAAGAGCAAAGAUUAUUUGGUAUGGAGCUAAUAAGUUGUUGCACUGGCAGAUUGUCUAAAAUCUUGUUUUCCUCCUUUUUUCCUGAGUUCAAGAACAAAGCACUAUUAGUCUAUUAAAACACCAGGGUUUAGAUUUUUAACAGUGUUUUCUUGUAAUACUGCUGAUGUCUCCUGGGGUAGUUCUUAUCUUUGUUGAUGUCUUCACUGAAAAAAAUUACAAUCCUUCACAACACUAACCUUUUUCUGUCUUUCUUUAAAUAAAUAAAAACACUUUUUAAGA